AUGAUUGCUGAGGCGACCUGGAAAAAGAUAUCGUUCGCUCUGGUCCAGGAGCCCUACAUAGGUCGUAUUGGGGAGAUGAAGUACUACCCGGGGACACGAAUAAUACAAUGUCACAGAGAACCCAAUACCGAAAAGGUGAUCAAGGCAGCCAUUGUAUUGUUCGACGACGCCAUUAACAUAACCCAGUGUCCCGGUCUUACAACGAAAAACAUAGCAGUCGCCAAGCUGAGGACAGGGACCUGGGAGAUGGGAGUGGUGUCUGUCUACCUGGAGUGCGACAAGCCAAUAGACCAAUACCUGGACACGAUUGAGAAGGCCGUGGAGGCUCUGGGGACUUUGAACGUGAUAUUAGGUGGAGAUGUAAACUCAUGGAAUAGCUGGUGGGGAAGCCGGGAAACGGAUAGUAGAGGAAUGGAGGUGGCUGCCAAGCUCGACGAACUGGGGCUGCAUAUACUCAACAGGGGAACUGAUCCCACUUUUGAUACCAUCAGGGGUGGGAAAAGAUUCUCCAGUUGUGUUGACAUAACUACCUGUUCGACGAGCCUACUUGGGAGGGUAGAAAACUGGAGACUAUCUGAAGAUAUAACCAGUUCGGAUCACAGGGCAAUCUUAUUUGACAUAAACUUAGAAAAAUCAGUAGGUACAGAUGUAAACAGAACAACUAGAAAAUAUAACACAAAGAAGGCAAACUGGAGCGAGUUUCGUGAGAAACUCCUCCAGCUUUGGAGCAGUAAAUUAAUAAACAAAAUAGAAAUAGAUAAAAUAGACACCAGAGAAGAACUUGAAAUAAAAAUAGAAGAAGUCACAGUAACAAUAAUAGAGACAUGUGAAAAAUACAUACCCAAAUUAAAAAACAAACAACGUAUGGGAUUGCCCUGGUGGACUGAAGAACUAACGCAACACAAGAAGAAAGUCUCCAGACUAAAACGUCGAAUAUCAUACGCAGCUCCAAUUCGUCGAGAGUGGGUUGUGGAGCAGUACCUCAACGCAAAAGAAGAGUACCAGCGGGAAGUCAAAAGGGCACAAACUUCCAGCUGGAAGGACUUCUGUAGUAGACAGGAGCGAGAGUCAAUGUGGGACGGAAUUUAUAGAGUAAUAGGCCGUACAAAACAAAGGCAGGAAGAUCUUCCCCUUGCCCUAAACGGAAAAACAAUGGGAAACGAAGAGUCAGCAAAGAUUCUGGCUGAGACUUUCUAUCCGGAAGAUAACACUAAGGAUGAUAAUGCAGAACACAGACAGACAAGAGAGUUAGCGAGAGUAGUAAAUGAAGGGUCACAUGAUGAUUCAUGUGACCCACCUUUUACGAUGGAAGAGCUAGAGUGGUCUGUGUCUAGUUUCAACCCCAAAAAGGCACCAGGAUACGAUGGUCUCACGGCUGACAUCUGUGAAGUAGCAAUUACUCUGGAUCCAACAAUGUUUUUGGCGCUGGCCAAUAAGUGUCUCAGUCUGGCAUACUUCCCCAAAAAAUGGAAAGAGGCAGUAGUAGUGGUGCUGCGGAAGCCGGGGAAAGUAGACUACACACAUCCCAAGUCUUAUAGACCGAUUGGACUGCUUCCUGUCCUGGGAAAAUUUUUGAAAAGAUGCUAG